CUGCCCUCACUGACCAUGGCAGGUGGCACCCCCCAGCCUUUGUCACUCUUUGAGGCUGACUCCACCUGGGCCCUCAUCAAAGACAAGGUCAUCGAGGAGCGCUUUGGACCCAAUGUGGUAGCUGUUCCCUUCCUGGCAGAUGCAGCAUGCUAUGACCUACUCGGAGUGCUGGUGAAGCAAAAGUCAAAGCCACCUCCAUGGCUCAUCCGUGCCCGCCUGGGCCUUCCCUUGCCCCUUGGGCUAGGUCUGCCACGCCGGAGUCGGCGGGCUCUGCUACCUGUGGGACCACUGCCAGGGUUGCUGGAGCGUACAGGACCUGAAGGCGCCUUUGCCCACUGCACAAGGGAGUACUCGCCCAAGGGCAGGGCUGAGGUAGGCUAUGAGGAAACAAGACUGGUAGAUGGGCAUCCCUGUCGCAUCAGCCUGCAGCUGGGGGGCUUGCGCAAACGGGUGGCUUUUCUGCUACUCCCACCAGGUCAAGUAGGCCUCCAGCCAGCCCUGCCCUGGCUCCGUGGCACUCACAGCAUUUAUGUCAUCUACCAGGUCUUCUCCUGCUCCUGGCUGCAGCUGGCCCUUGCACCCACAGCCUGUGAGCCCCGCCAACUGCACCUUCAGUGCCCCUUGCCAGUGGCCUUUUCUUGCCUCAAGUUUGCACUUCAGCCCAAGGGCAUGCUGGGCCCACAGAGGCCACUGACUGGAGAUAAACUGCCUCGGGAAGCCAGCUGGGCCAGGCCAGUUCCUGAGUCCACAGUGAACUCAGUGCUGACCCCAUCCCUGUCCUCAACCCUAUCCAAUACCCUUCUUGAUACUGAUGCCCUGCCCUCCCAACAGCCACCCACACCACCCAGCCAGGGUCCCCCAGGACGGACAACCAGGUUCUCCUAUAAGGGUCGCAACCCCUUCCGAAGGGGGCCAAACACGCUGUCGGAAAACUGGCUCUUCAGCCCCCGAAACCCCUCAUCAGGUAACCAGGGCGGGGGCCCAGGGGACCCGGACCGGCACUCCAUGUCCUUGCCUCUGCUGCAGGGCCUAUCAGCGGAAUUCGACAGUGAUGACUAAGGGGAAAGUGGAGGCAGGAGGAGGGGCUCAGCACCAAGGGCUUGGUGCAAGGAGCCUAGUCCCCAAUAAAUACCAGCUACUACUCCCCCAAACCAACCCCAGACCAACAUUG